UAGAAACUAAGAAAUUGUUUCUAUUCUUGAAUUAGUAAUAUCAAGAGACAUUUCACAAGAUGUUUUACACAUACCCUUACACACACACAUACAUGCAUACAUACAUAUAUACUUAACAACAUACAAUAUACACUAUUCCAAGUAAUCAUAAUAAUAAACAUAUGACCAAUUAAUUUGUAUCAAUUUAUGUACAUAUAAAGCAUUAAAUUAGAUUGAAUUACUUGUAAAUUGUGAUAAAUGCCAAAUAGUGAAUGAUACUAAGUAUAUACAUUUAAUUUAUAAUAAUAACUAUUAUCUCUUAAAUUUUAUUCAUAAUGGAAGCACAAAAAGUAAUUGUAAAAAGUACUGGAAUGCCAAAUGAAAUGCAAGAACAUGCUAUUAAAUCAUGUCUAAAAGCAAUGAGAAUUCUUCGACAUGAUAAAGAUGUAGCUAGUUCAUUAAAAAGAGAAUUUAAUGAUAAAUAUGGACGUACAUGGCAUUGUAUUGUUGGAAGUAAUUAUGGAAGCAAUGUCAGUCAUGUAGAUGAAGGAUUGAUUUAUUUCUUUGUCGAUAGAAAAUCGGUCCUUUUAUUUAGAACAGAAUGUGUUUAAUGACUUGUUUACUGAAUUUCUAUAUCAAUAUUAUAUUUAAACAAUAAAUAGUCGCUGAUACAUUGUAAACAGUAAACAUUGAUUGAUUGAAUUAGAUUUUGAAUUUUGAAUUAAUUAUGUGAUUCUUUUAUUAUUAGUUUUGUUGUUGUUGAUGUUGUUGUCUUAUUGUAAAUCUGAAUAACUUCAGUUUUGUACUAAUUCCGUGAGGAAAUGUGAACAAAGAAUAACCAAGAUGAUGUAAUAGACAGAUUAUAAUACUAGAUUCCUUAAUGCAAAUAAUAACAGACUUAAUAAAUUAGUAACGAAUUAUGACAUAAAUGUAAUAAGAUAAUUAAAAUGUUUUUGUUACAAUAAUUAAAGGUCAUUAAAGGUCAUAGAGGUGUAAAAAAUAAAGUGAUAUGAUGAACAUUUACAAACAAAAUAAUGAGAAGAUCAGACAUUGUGG